UUCGAAAUGCCGCUCUGCGUCGCUCCGAGUUGUCCUGCUUUGCUCCCUAGUCAAGCACAGCAGCUUGUGCUGAGCUGUGGCUCGGAUCACGAUUUGCAGAGCCAGCAUGACAUAAGGCGCAUCUUCGUUCGGUGUCGUCUUUCUUAGUCCGGACCGCGAGCACGCGCCUAGAUCGCAGCACAACCGCAUGCGACGUCGCUCAUCCCCGCAUGUCUUGUUGCAACAGUACAGCGCGUGCGCAAGUCGUGUUCCUGUCCAGAAAUCCGCCAUCCCCUCACCAGCGUCCUCCUCGUCAUUCUGGUCUGUCCGUUGUGCAUUGCCCGUUUGCCUCACCUUGCAAAUGCAACGCACCGUCAUCAUCAACUUGGUCCGCGACUCGACUCAUCAUCAACAACAGAUGGAGGGAAGGAACGAAUGGAAGGGAAAGGGGAAGGUGAAGGGGAGUGAUUGAUGCCCCCUUCAGAGUCCAGUCAAGACAGCCUCCGAGUCCUCCUCCUGACUGACUGUGCUCCUGUCUAGUGACCUCCCUCAUCCCUCCCCUCAUCGCGGCUCACACGCGCCAAUCAGAUGUCCUUUCUUUGAUCCUUUCCUCCCUGACUGUCAGAAGGAGUGUGGUGUAGAGUGUACGUUGUUCCGUGACUCCCGUGACCUGCUCCCGCGUCGCUGCUCAUCUCCUCGCAGAAAGGAAAGGACCCGCCCACCCACUUUUCCCGUGCGCGUCGUUGUUGCCCCCAACCACCACGUGUGCUCUGGCCCAGCCUCCCCCUCCUCCCUUUCGCUCUCCCCUCCCCUCACAAUGAUACCGGUGCGCGCUUUUUGCGCUUUUGCGCUUUACUUGAUCUUUUCAUCCUCCCUCUCUCCCCUUCCCGAGUCGCUCGCGGGUCUACCCUGCUUCUUUUUCACUCUGCGCAACAACAGACACCCCCCCCCCCUGCUAGACCUUUUCCCCAGCCUGAUACCUCAGCAGCAGCCCUUGAUCCUAGUCACGUUUCCCCAUGCUUCAUAUCAGUAUCCACCGCGUCCUCCUCUCCUCUCAACAACGGGCGCCCCUCCCCUCGUGCUGGACUGUCCCCUCCCGCAACCAUGUGGUCCUGGUUCCUUAGACACAAUACAUAAGGUUGCGGCAGACAAAAGCUUGCGGGAGACAUAAGCUUGCGGGAGACAAAAGCUUGCUUGCACAUACCGCGUUGCGAAGCUAUUUCUGUCGCUUUGAGACUGCGCGACGACACAUACCGAUAGAAUCGGCGCGUUGCGAAGGCCUGCCGCUGUGCCUCGCUUGCUUGCUCCUGCUUCUACUAGCCCUUCGCUGCGGCACCAGCGCCAGCACAUCGACAUCGCUAGUAACGACUGCGACGCGGGAUCACGCGUGUCGUUAACCGCGUGUCGUUAAACGCGGGUCGUUGUACGCGGGUCGUUAAACGAGGGUCGUUGGACGCGAGUGCUGAGGGAAGACAGCGGGACGAGAAGAUGACGGAUCGCCGAUUACAUGACGAGGCCAAGUGCCGAAACCGACGGCCCAGAUUCACGGAUCUCCCCGCGGAGCUGGUGGAGGCGGUACUGCGCCGCUGCCUGCAGUCAUCAUCAUGCUCGCCGCGCCAAUACGCCGACACGCUCCUCGUUUGCUCCCAGUUUUGCGACAUAGGCAUGUCACCCGCGAUUUUACGCAUCCUGCCUCCCUCGGUGCUGCUGCCGCACAUUGAGAGCUGGAGCCACUGCAAUCUGCAUUUUCUGCGAAGCUGCGCGGCUGCCGGGAACGCAGAAGCCAUGUUUAUUCUUGGCAUGAUCUACACCAACAGUAUCAACGAUCCUAACACGGGCUCGGCGCUCCUGACUCGCGCAGCCAGGGAGGGACAUGUGGCAGCACUCCACUCGCUGGCGAUCUUCCAUCUGAACCGAGGCGAUGAGAUGCCCAAGAGGGGAUGUUCCCAUGCCAGCACCGGCAAUGGUCAGACACAUGUUACUGGUAACCAGGUCGACCACCACAACGCCGCCCGUGGCAGCAGCAGCAACAGCGCAAUCUCUACCGAUAGUACCAGUCUUCAAAGUGUUGGGAGGAGAACUCCCAGUGGUAGCAGCAACAGCAGCACUCGCAUCAUCAGCAACAGCAUCAGUGGCACCGCCCAUGGCUUCAACAACAUUAGUGUGUUGUCGCCACCGUCGCACCUCCCUCAGUCAUCAUUGUCACCACCAUCAUCACCAUCAUCACCAUCAUCGCCAUCACCAUCAUCACCAUCAUCACCAUCAUCGCCAUCACCAUCAUCACCAUCAUCAUCAUCACCAUCAUCACCAUCAUCACCAUCAUCACCAUCGUCCUUGCUAGCACCACCUUCCACCCGCGUUGCGCUGCAGCUCCUCUUGAGGGCGGCGCAGCGGGGCCACGUGGCGUCGCUGGUGGAGCUGGCGUAUUGCGUGCAGGACGGGGUGGGCGUGCGCCGCAACGAACGCAUGGCCCGCAUGCUGCUCGCCCGCGCCAGUGCCCUGCAGCUGCAGCAGCUGCAGCAAGCGCAGGAGCAUCAGAAAGUGCGGCAAAGGCAGCUGCAUCAAGUGGUGCAAGUGCAGCAAGUGCCGCAAGUGCAACAGCAUCGGAGACUGCAGCAAAACAAUAUGGGAGAGCAGCAGCAGCAGCGGAAGCAGCAGCAGCAGCAGCAUCAGCAGCCGGAGGAGGCAUGGCAGCAGCAAGAAGAGAUGGGGAGGUUGCUGUGUGGGGCUGGGGAGUGUGCACUGAGACACUCACAUGAUGCGAAGCCUCAGGUGAAAGCUCAGGCACUACUAGCGAGAACGACACCAAUGCACGAAUCAGCACUGCCGCCCAGCUCAGUAGCAGCAGCGCAAGUGCCACAAAACUCUACAGCUACGACGGCGGCAGCGGCAGCAGAAGCAGCAGCAGCAGCAGUAUUACCCACCCCACCACCAGCAGCACGGCCGCAGCAGCUGUGGCUGCCCGUGCCACGCCAUCCCAUCCACACCUUCCUGCGGCGAUGGCAAGAGGAGCAGGAGAUGGUGGCACGGGCGAAGCUGCAGCAAACGCAGCAAAUGCAACAGAUGCAACGGAUGCAACAGAUGCAGCAUGUGCAGCAGGUGCAACAGAUACAGCAUCUGCUGGAAAUGCAGCUGCAUGUGUGGCACACAGCAGAAAAAGAUGGCGAGGAAGGUGAGGUGGAUGGGGAAGGAGAGAUGUGUGACCUGCAGCGUGAGUCUCAAGAUUCGUCUUGGCCCACGACGACAACUCACCUGCACCAUCUGCUGUUGCAACAGCAGCAGUUGGCCCUAACCUUAACCAACCAGCAGCAACAACAGCACCAGCAGCAGCAGCAGCAGCAGCAGCUUCUGAGCGCACCGCAAGCGUGUGGCAAUGAGGAGUGCGGGAGGAGGGAGGCGAGGCCAGGGUGCUUCAGACGAUGUGUGGGGUGCCGCAUUGCCUACUGCUCUAGAAGCUGCCAGCUGGAGGAAUGGGCGAGAACACAAGGGACUCUGGCAGAUAUAGUGUACCGUAUUGAUUUGGCAUGAUGUUACACAAUGCGUAUUAAUGUAUUGCAUUAUUUUUGCUAAACAAAAGCUGUACAACAGC